ACCACUCCGUGCUCAAUCCAUGGAGUACGUUAAGGAGGUCACAGAAUGAACUUGAACUCGAACAUCGCGACGUCGCUCGACCCUUCGCCAUGCCUUCCUCUUCUCUCCCCUCCGACUUGCCCCUCUUCGUCUCCCUCCUCCCUCGUAUCCUCUCUCAAGACCUCCAAAACCCUCCGAGACCUCCACCAACUCCACGCCCUGGCCAUCAAAACAGGCCUCUUCGGAGACCCCCUCGUCGCGGCCGAGGUCCUCAGGUCCUCCGUCCUCUCGGAACAUCGCGACCUUCGUUACGGCCGCCGGGUGUUCGACCAAAUGCCGGAGCCCAACUGCUUCUCCUGGAACACCCUCAUCCGGGCCUACUCCGAGAGCGACGGCGGCCACCCCUCCGAGUCCCUUUUGAUCUUCUCCCGGAUGCUCCUCUGCGAGACCGCCCGACCAAACCGAUACACCUUUCCUUCCGUGUUGAAGGCUUGCGCUCGCGCCGAAGCGAUCCGAGAAGGGAGGCAGGUCCAUGGACAAGUCAUCAAGUUGGGGUGGGACGAUGACGCGUUUGUCCUUACCAAUUCGGUGAGGAUGUACGCGUGUUGUGGGUUCAUGGAAGAUGCUCGGAAGUUGGUUGAGAAGAGUUCCCUGUCGCCUGAGAGCGAAUCCAGCGUCGUGCUGCAUAACAUUGUGAUCGAUGGAUAUUUUAGGCUUGGCAUGGUUGAAGAAGCGAGGCAAGUGUUCGACAGAAUGGCGAAUAAAAGUGUGAUCUCUUGGAAUGGCAUGAUAUCUAAGUUUGCACAGACUGGUCACUUUAAGGAGGCGAUUUGUGUUUUCAGGAAGAUGCAAUUGGAAGGCGUGAAACACAAUUAUGUCACUCUGGUGAGCGUUCUGCCUGCAAUCUCACGGCUAGGUGCCCUUGAGUUGGGUGAAUGGGUCCAUGCAUAUGCAGAAAAGAAUGUUAUAGAGGUGGAUGAUGUUCUAGGAUCGGCUCUAGUUGACAUGUACUCCAAGUGCGGAAACAUCAACAAGGCUGUUCAGGUAUUUGAAGGCCUACCAAAGCGCAAUCCAAUCACAUGGAGCGCGAUGAUUGGUGGGCUUGCAUUGCACGGGCGGGCAAGUGAAGCACUGGAUUAUUUUCAGAGGAUGGAGAAAGCUGGAGUUGUACCAUCAGAUGUUGUUUUUAUUGGAGUUCUGAAUGCUUGUAGUCAUGCGGGCUUGGUGGAUGAAGGUCGGUCGUACUUCAACCGAAUGGUCAACGUCUAUCGGCUAAGCCCUAGAAUUGAGCACUAUGGGUGUAUCGUUGAUAUGCUCGGUCGUGCAGGGCUUCUUGAAGAGGCUGAGGAGCUUGUAGUUGACAUGCCUGUGAAGCCAGAUGAUGUAAUUUAUAAGGCCUUCCUAGCAGCUUGCAAAAAGCAUGGCGAUGUCGAGAUUGGAAUGCGUGCUGCAAAGUGCCUCAUGGAACUCGUCUCUCAUGAUGGUGACUCAUAUGUACUCCUCUCAAACCUUUUUGCCUCCUUAGGGGAGUGGGAUACCGUGGCUAAGCUGAGACUAACGAUGAAGGAAUUGGAAGUAAGGAAAGAUCCAGGAUGCAGUUGGAUUACUAUCGAUGGCAUGAUUCAUGAGUUUGUGGUGGAAGAUUACACCCAUCCACGAACCAAGGAGAUCUAUUUGAUGCUAGAAGAGAUGUCUGUCAAAUUACAGGAGGCAGGUUAUGUACCAGACACGGCGCAAGUUUUGCUCAACAUUGAAGACGAAAAGAAGAAGAGCACACUGUUCUACCACAGUGAGAAGAUAGCUAUUGCCUUUGGUUUGAUCAGCACGAGCUCAGGGACAACAUUGCAUAUCGUGAAAAACUUGCGCAUUUGUGGGGAUUGCCACUCCUCGAUAAAGCUUAUUUCAAAGGUCUAUGGUCGUAGAAUAAUCGUGAGGGAUCGGAGCCGCUUCCACCAUUUUGAGGAUGGUAUUUGCUCUUGUAAUGACUAUUGGUGAUGGAAGCUUGGCUGAGGACUGGUAUUUGGAUCAGCAUGUUUUAAGAUCUUGAGUUCAUCAAUUUUUUUAUGGUGAUAUAUCACAUAGGUGAUCCUUUUCCUGAGCUCCGGAUGUCAAUAAAUUAGUUGAAGUCCAAUCCAUCAAGGCCUUCGCAGGCUCGUGAGGACUAGCAGCUUUCAAGGUUUACUUGACUGCAAGGAGUUCAGGGGAACCAAUUUUGUACGUCAGGAUUUAAUCCCAGUCAUACUGUCUUCAGUGGUCUCUAUGUCUUAACUUUAGUAAGAGGAUUCCCUUUUGUGCCCGUGGAUCUAUGACAUUAUCUGCACAGAAUACAAAUGACAAUUUUCCAUCCA